UGUAUACUUCUACCAUGGUCAAAACAAAACGUAAAAGAAAAAAUAAAUACAACUUCGGAAGUACAUGAGUCACUUGGAUAGAUAAAUAAAUUGAAUUGUUGCGAAUUUACAAAAAUUGAAUUGUUUAAUUAAUAUAAAAUGGGUUUGUUUGGCCAAACAAAAAGCAAAGAUCCCAAAGAACAGGUUCAAGAAUGGACCCACAAAAUACGCAAAGAAAGCAAUCAAUUGGACCGGCAAAUACGCGGUAUUCAACGCGAAGAGGAGAAAGUAAAGAGGUCGUUGAAGCAAGCCGCUGCCAAGGGUGAUAGGGAUACUUGUGUCAUACUGGCUAAAGAAAUCGUUGGAGCACGUAAAGCCAUCAAUAGAAUAUAUACAACAAAGGCCCAUCUGAAUUCAGUGCAGUUGCAAAUGAAAAAUCAGUUGGCUACUUUACGUGUCGCUGGUUCCCUUUCAAAAUCCACAGAAGUCAUGCAAGCUAUGCAAAACUUAGUGCGCUACCCUGAAUUGGCUGGUAUUAUGCGCGACAUGUCAAAAGAAAUGAUGAAGGCUGGUAUUAUAGAAGAAAUGUUAGACGAAACUAUGGAGAGCUUGGAAGAUACUGAGGAAAUGGAGGAGGAGGCUGCCAAGGAGGUCGAUAAAGUUCUUUGGGAAAUUACUGAUGGCAAGUUAGGAGAGGCUCCUCUACCUCCCCAAGAAUUGGCUGCCGCUGAAAAAACAAAAACACCCGCCGUUGCUGUUGCAGCUGAUGAUGUCGAGGAUGACGACGACGAGGAAGAUUUGCAGGAAAUGCAAUCUCGUCUCGCUUCUUUGCGGUCGUAAAAUUGAGGCUAAGUUAAAUCGAAUACUAAGCUAAGGUCUACGCACUUUGCCUUUCAAGUAGCUUUGAAGAUUGUCGAUAUUAAAGCAUAUUUUAUAUUUUGUUUUAACAAAAAUUCGGAUCUCUAAGUUAACGCUGUCCUAAUCCGAAGCAACUGUUUUUUUCUUGGUUUUUAUUUAGUUCAUAUGCAUAUAUUUUGUAGUGUGCAAAUAUUUUGUUUUAUUGCUUAUGUUAUUUAACUUAAUAUAUUUCUGAACCAAAUUUAACUGGCUUAAUUUCCAUCGUAUUUAUAUAUUAAGUAUUUAAUAUUUUGUAAAAUAAACCAUUAAAUUAAUAAAACAAGUAUUUAUUAAAAAACUA